AUGGCUAUUCAGCACUUAGUCCCAGACAAUAUGGGCAUUCUGAAAGUAAGGCGAUAUUUCUACCUUCUCGCUUUAUUAAGAGCUAAGCGGGGACAGCCAUUUUCAGCUGCCACUAGUAGAUCAGUGAAACGGCUAGCCGUUUUCAGUCUUCUCAAGCGUGAACGCUUCCGAGCAGUGUCUUGCUUGAAACUAGCCAAGAAGAGGAAGGACCGUAGAUUUCAUGUGAAACCCAUACUUCUGGGUAGAAAAAUGUAUGGUGCUUGGUACAGUCUGAUCCCUGAGAUGAGAGAAUUUGACCACGAAGAAUUCUUCAACUUCAUGAGAAUGACCCCAGACAGUUUCGACUGGCUGUUGGACAAAGUGUCACCUAUCAUCACUAAGAAGAGUUUACGUGAACCAAUUUGUCCUGGUGAGAGACUCGCUGUAACUUUAAGGUACCUUGCGUCGGGGGACAGUAUGGUAUCACUAUCAUACCUGUUUCGCAUAUCAGACCAAACUAUCUCAAAUAUUGUGCUGGAAACGACUGCUGCCAUUUGGUUUGUUUUAAAGGGUGAAGUAUUUGAACCGCUCUCUGAGGAUAUGUGGAGAAGAAAAAGUGCUGAAUUUGAGUCUUUAUGGCAGUUUCCGAUGUGUGUCGGUGGCGUUGAUGGAAAGCACUGCUUUGUUCAGAAAUUUCCAAUGAGAGGUUCUGAAAACUUCAAUUACAAGUAUGGGCAUAGUAUAAUUCUUUUUGCUGUCAGUGAUGCUAAAUAUAAGUUCUUAGUAGUUGAUGUUGGAGCACGGGGUCGUGAAAGUGACGGAGGAGUCUUUGACCGAUCUGAAUUCGGAAAGUUGUUCAAUAACCAUCAACUGCAGCUGCCAUCACCAGUGUUCAAUGAUAUUCUAAAAACUCAUUUGCCAUAUGUAUUUGUGGGUGAUGAUGCAUUUCCUUUAGAUGUGCACAUGUUGAAGCCUUUUGCCGAUUGCUUGGAUCAAAAACCAGAAGAGGCAAUUUUCAACUACAGGCUCUCAAGAGCAAGAAGAGUUGUUGAGAAUGCCUUUGGUAUUCUGGCUGCUCGCUUCAGAAUUCUUCGUCGCAAUAUAAUUGGAAGUGAGACACUUGUUCAAAACAUUGUACUUGCAUGUACAGCUCUACACAACCUGCAUCUCAUAAGGGAGGAUAGUGUUCCACCCAAACAGCGAGUUUACCUACCUCCAGGUUAUGCUGACUUGUAUAAGAGCAAUGGAUAUCUGAAGAGGGGACGCUGGAGAAAUGAAUUGAAGAAAGAAGAGAGAAGUAUAUUUCAUAGAUUGCGUAGGCAAGAGGAACAUGGUGUUAGAAUUGUGGAUGGUCAUGCAGUCCGUGAGAAGUUUUUGGAAUUGUUUGUGUGUUGCCCCUUGCCAUGGCAGUACAACAUUCUUCCAAAUGUAUGA